UUGGGCCUACCAAGGUGGUAAGCGAUGGCUCUACCUCUAUCAAAGCAGGUCUUGGGCUGCUUUCUCUUAUUCUCCAUUUUCCUAUCUUCUCUUUCAGCCUUCUCUUAUGCUUUGACAGACAUUGAAGCAUCAUUAAUUGCUCGUCGCCAACUUUUGACUCUCCAAGAAAAUGAAGAUUUUUUCCUUAAAUUUGGCCUUGAGAUCCACUUUGACACCAGUUUUGCCAACGAAAGGCUGCAAAGAGCUUACAUUGCGUUACAAGCAUUGAAGAAGGCUAUCUACUCUGAUCCUUUAAACACAACUCGUAAUUGGGUUGGUACCAAUGUGUGUUCUUAUACUGGCGUCUUUUGCGCUCCAGCCCUUGAUGACCCCAAAUUGGAGGUUGUUGCUGGCAUCGACCUUAACCAUGCUGACAUUGCUGGAUACCUACCACCUGAGUUAGGGCUCUUGACUGACGUUGCACUCUUUCACAUUAACUCUAACAGGUUUUGUGGAAUUAUCCCCAAAACCAUGUCAAGACUCAAACUUAUGUUUGAAUUUGAUGUAAGCAACAAUCGCUUCGUUGGCUCUUUCCCAACAGUCGUCCUCACAUGGCCGAGCAUUAAGUAUCUCGAUCUCAGGUUCAAUGAUUUUGAAGGGAAAUUACCUCCAGAACUCUUUGAAAAGGAUCUCGAUGCAAUUUUCUUAAACAACAACCGUUUCAAGUCCAACAUCCCCGACACAGUAGGUAAAUCUACAGCUUCUGUUGUGAGCUUCGCAAACAACAAGUUCACUGGUUGUAUUCCGCACACCAUUGGCAACAUGGCAAACACAUUGAAUGAGAUUCUUUUCCUGGGCAACAACCUUGGCGGUUGCUUCCCAGAAAUUGGAUCCCUAGGCAAUGUAACGGUGUUCUCAGCUAGCUCUAAUGGGUUCAUUGGGUUAUUGCCAAAGACCUUUUCAGGACUACAAAAGGUUGAGGAGUUGGACAUUUCACAUAACAAGCUAACAGGAUUUGUGCCUGAGAAUGUUUGCAAGUUGCCCAGCUUGUCCAACUUCACUUUUUCUUAUAACUACUUCAAUGGGGAGGCUCAAGAAUGUGUUCCAUCUUCGAGGGUGCACAAGAUAUUGGAUGACAAGAGCAAUUGUUUUCCAGGUAGACCAAAGCAGAAGUCUACCAAGAUAUGUUUCCGAGAGGCGACUCGACCUGUCAAUUGUAGCAAGCAUUGUGGUAGCUCCUCUUCACAUCCACAACCGAAGCCACCGACUAAGAAAACACCACCACCUUCAACUCCAAAUCAGCAGACCCAACCAUCUCCUUCUGAUCCUUCAACUCCGAAGCAGCAACCCCAACCAUCUCCUCCAAUUGGGCAUCCUCCAUCAAUACCAGAACAACCAUCACCGCCUAAACCUUCGAGCCCAAGUCCUAAGCCAUCUCCAACACCGCCAGAACCAUCUGACCCAUCACCGCCUAAAUCUUCGACCCCAUCUCCUGAGUCAUCCCCAACACCACCAAAACCAUCUGACCCAUCACCGCCUAAAUCUUCGACCCCAUCUCCUGAGUCAUCCCCAACACCACCAAAACCAUCUGACCCAUCGCCGCCUAAAUCUUUAACCCCAUCUCCGGAGUCAUCUCCAACACCACCAAAACUAUCUGACCCAUCGCCGCCUAAAUCUUCGACCCCAUCUCCGGAGUCAUCUCCAACACCACCAAAACCAUCUGACCCAUCGCCACCUAAAUCUUCGACCCCGUCUCCUGAGUCAUCUCCACCAUCACCGAAAUCGGCACCUAGUCCAGAUGAUCCAUCUGGUAAUUCACCUUUUAAUAACUUUCGCUCACCUCCCCCACCUGUUCAAUCUCCACCACCAUCCCCUGUAUACUCCCCACCACCACCGGUUCACUCUCCCCCACCACCAGUUCAUUCACCACCACCAGUGUACUCCCCUCCCCCACCACCACCAGUUCACUCUCCACCACCACCAGUUCACUCUCCACCACCUCCAGUCCACUCUCCUCCACCACCAGUCCAUUCACCACCACCACCACCCAUGUACUCACCUCCCCCACCACCAGUUCACUCGCCACCACCCCCAAUAUACUCCCCACCACCUCCAAUCCAUUCUCCUCCACCACCAGCCCAUUCUCCCCCACCUCCACCAGUCUACUCCCCACCACCUCCAGUCCAUUCUCCUCCACCACCAGCCCAUUCUCCCCCACCUCCACCAGUCUACUCCCCACCACCUCCAGUCCAUUCUCCUCCUCCACCACCAGCCCAUUCUCCCCCACCACCACCAAUCCACUCUCCACCACCACCAACACCAGACAUCGUCCUCCCACCAAAUUUCGGGUUCCAGUACUCAUCGCCACCUCCACCGUUAUUCCCUGGCUACUGAAUAGCAUAUUAUCAUUAACAUCUUUGCCUUCAUGUUUUGCAAUUUCCUUUAUAGUUUCAGAAUGUUAUGUACACACGUCAAGUGUAAGCUGAGGUCGAGCUUCUCAUCACUUAAUAGUAAUUUGAGCUUCCGCUAUCUUUCUCUUCUCCUUUUAUUUCAUUUAGUUCCUUUUCAU